AUGGGCAGGUUCAGGGCCCAAUUCAAGACGCACGGCUUGCCUGAAAAUGUAGCUGGAUUGGCGAUGCCUUUCUUGGCUUUGGAAAAGGAUAUUGAGCUGGAUAAUGUUCCACAAAGGGGACAACACUGUAACAUUAAUUCACAUAAGCAACCGGCUAUCUCAACACUGACGGUUCAUAUGCACUAUGACCCUCACUUCUUCGGGAAAGUCGGUCUAACCGUGCCGCAUGCAACUCAAAUACCCGGCACGGGCCGGCCGACAGACCAAGGCAGCCUCAAGAGGGCAAAGAUCACGACGUGGAUGCUCGAUUCUGUCCCAGCCUGCUUCUAUCGCCUGCAGAGUCGUAUACACUCGGCUACCUACUGCAAGUCUUUUUUGGAGUCCUGUACGACUUGGAAUGACUCGAACGGCAAGUACAUGGGGACAAGCCUACAUAUAAAUGCGAAUACUGGGCGGGACCUGUAUUCCCAAUAUCAACCUGCUUUACACCUCAUUGAUCGCGAAACUCUAAUAAUGGAAGGCAAGGAUGAUAACCACUACACUACAGAUGCGGAUCUCGUUCCACAUCCGUGUCUUUGUCGUGGGAUCCACAACAUGCAGGCUUUGGAAGUUAUUUCAUUGAGGCGGGCGAUGGGGAAGGGCGCGUUACACAAUAAAGGGACUGGACACCCUUGGGUUCCUAAUGCGAAGGACUGGCUAUCAUUUGAUCAAGAUUCUUUGAUUCGUGGAAUUCCGGUCAAGUUUGACGGCUGA